GGAUAUGCUAUUGUAGGUACACGACUUAUUUUUGAUUUAAGAGUUCGUCUCACAUUGCAGUGUAAACUUCGUGAUGCGGCUCCAAAGCAGGUAUAUUCUCAGCAUCGUCUGGGCCGCCAGCGAAACAGUAGCCGUCACUCAGAUUACUGAUAGCCAAAUGGCAAGCUUUCUUAAUGACGGGGCUCUGGAACUUGCAGAUCGCUAUGCUCCCAUGUGGUUCUUUGGCCAAGCUCUUAACCACCCCCCCUGUUACCCAACAUGGGCUUUUGGAGGUUCUCCCUCUUCAAGCGAUGUGUAUGACAGCAACCACAAGACCCCUGCUGCAGCACAAUGUGAGUAUCCAGAUGUUGGAUGCGGAUGUCGCAAGCCUGGAGUGGCCAUUCAUAAUGCGGGACCAGAGUUUCCAAUCUACUACACUUUCAAACGAUGCAAGGAGACCGAAGUGCGCGUGGUGUAUAAUUUGUUUUAUGAGAAGGAUGGCGCCAAGGUGAUUGGAGUUAUCGACACUGGUCAUGGCUAUGACUGGGAGAGAGUGAUUGUUAUCCACUCUCGAGAUGCUAGCAAUAUGUGGGCACCAUCACGAGCUCUGCUCUCCUCCCAUAGCGGUUACCACAAUUUAGCUUGGGGGAAUAUUCAGAAUACUCUCACGACCGAGGAGAUUCGAGCUGGAGCUGCCAAUGACCCAAAUGGGGUCCGCAACAAUGAUCAUCCUAAGGUGUAUGUCUCUUGGUCGAAACACGCCCACUUCGAUACCCGCAAUACAGGCUGGAAUGACCCGGUCAGUCAGUCGACGGAUAAUGCGUUCCGCAGCAACGAUUGGUGGCAUUACGUCGACAAGAAAUACUAUAUCUUAUCAGAUAACUCCACAAACGCCGGUAAGGCUUUGGGCAGUGUUGAUUGGGGCAGUGCCACUAGCAAUCCCCCUUAUGUGCAGGCAGAUGUUUGCUCAGCUUAAAAUCCUUGAAUAUGUGGUCGCUUGCGGUUUUACGGACACGCAUCCGGUCAUAUCUAAGUAGAAAUAUACUAUUGUAUUAAGAAACCCAAUCAUAUCGGAAGCGAUUGAGAUUAAUCAGACGCAAAAUUAACUAAAUGACGUCGACGGAAAUUGU